UCCACUUAAAGAGUUGAUACAAUGGCGUUGGUAUUGGUUGCUAAAAAGGGUACUACUUCGCCUAUAUGGCAAUUUUUUGGAUUUAGACCUGAUGAGAGUGGGCAGCCAAGGGACCUGACUGAAGCUGUGUGCAAGAUCUGCUCAUGUGUGAUCCGCGCAAAAGAUGGGCAGACGACCAAUCUUCAUGACCACUUGCGUGUUCGCCAUCCAGCAGAAUAUGCCACCUUGCCUGCACGUGCUGGACCUAGCAAAAAAGCUAGCCAGGGCCAGCAGACGAUAACUGGGGCUUUUGCAAAAGGCACUAAAUAUAAAACCGACAGUGACAGAUGGAGGCAGUUGACAGAUGCGGUAACUCGCUUCCUGGCCAAAGAAAUGGUUUCGUUCAAUACAGUGGAGAAGCCGUCGUUCAAGGCCAUGCUGCAUACCUUUGAUAAACAGUAUGAGCUGCCAGGUCGGAAAUAUUUCUCAAAGACGGCUAUCCCAAACCUUUUCAACGAGGUUAGAAGUAACAUCACGAAAGAGCUGGGUGAUGUAGAAUAUUUGGCCCUGACAACGGACAUGUGGUCCAGCUGCAAUAUGAUGCCCUACAUGUCAGUGACAGUGCAUUAUGUAAAUAAAGAGUGGACACUGCAGUCCAAAUGCUUACAAACUUGUUUCAUGCCCGAAAGCCAUACAGCAGAUAAUUUGGAAGAUGCACUGCGUGAGGCAAUUAAUGACUGGAAACUACAGGAGAAACAAAUUGCCUGUAUAACUACCGACAAUGGGGCGAAUAUUGUUGCAGCCAUCCGGCAGUUGAAAUGGCCAUGGUUAAGUUGCUUUGGGCACAACUUGAACCUGGCCAUAAACAACUCGCUUGCGCAACAGAGGGCCAGCACAGACCGAGCUUUCGGGGUUUGCCGGGCAGUCAACACUGCGUUUUCGCACAGCUGGCUAAGGCGACGUGAACUGCAGAAAGCACAAGUGGAAAUGAAACUCCCUGAGCACUCACUGAUCACGGACUGUGCAACACGAUGGGGCUCAAAACGGCAAAUGGUGGAGAGAAUGCUGGAGCAGGAGCAAGCCAUCAAACGUGUGUUUGCCCAAGACAAAAGCCGCCGCCCACUCCCCCAGCUGACAUGGCAAGACAUAAGUGUUCUGGAAUCUGUGAACAACGCACUGAAGCCAGUAGCGGACUUCACAGACAUUCUCUCUGGAGAAAAUUGCGUAACGGUGUCCUCACUGCUGCCCAUGUUGGCCCAUUUAGAAGGUGUCCUGGAGGAGUCAGGUAAUGAUUCCAAACUGACAGCCGACCUGAAGCGUGUCAUCCUGGAGCAGAUGGAAGGCAGAUAUGGUGAUGACACCAUCCAGAGGAUGAUGCGUUAAGCAACACUGCUUGACCCGAGGUACCGAGGGGACCAUA